AGCCCGGGCCUCUGGGCCCGCGGCGCCCCGCGUCGCGCUCUCUUUGCUGCUUCCCAACAAGGCACCUGUGGCGGCAGCAGCAGCGGCAGCAGUUCCGCCUUCCAGCCUCAGACUGUCAUUGCUACCCUGAGCUGCUACGCGGAAGCAGAAUGCUGCCGCCGUCUCCGCCCGGCUGGCGCCUGCUCAGGCUCGGCCUGGUCCUGGUCUCCAUCGGCGCCGUCCUCGAAGCCUCAGUGCAGGCCAACUCUGCCACAGGUGCUUUGAAUGUCCUUCUCAUCAUCGUGGAUGACCUGCGCCCAUCCCUGGGCUGUUAUGGGGAUAAGCUAGUGAGGUCCCCGAAUAUCGACCAGCUGGCAUCCCACAGUCUCCUCUUCCAGAAUGCCUUUGCCCAGCAAGCAGUGUGCGCCCCGAGCCGCGUGUCCUUCCUCACUGGGAGGAGGCCUGACACCACGCGCCUGUAUGACUUCAACUCCUACUGGAGGGUGCACGCAGGAAACUUCUCCACCAUCCCCCAGUACUUCAAGGAGAAUGGCUACCUGACCAUGUCGGUUGGAAAAGUCUUUCACCCUGGUAUAUCUUCCAAUCAUAGUGAUGAUUCUCCAUAUAGCUGGUCUUUUCCACCUUAUCAUCCUUCCUCAGAGAAGUAUGAGAACACUAAGACAUGUAGGGGACAAGACGGAGAACUUCAUGCCAACCUGCUUUGUCCUGUGGAUAUAGUGGAUGUGCCUGAGGGCACCUUGCCUGACAAACAGAGCACUGAGCAAGCCAUACGAUUGUUGGAAAAGAUGAAAACAACUGGCAGUCCUUUCUUCCUGGCUGUUGGGUACCAUAAGCCACACAUCCCCUUCAGAUACCCCAAGGAAUUUCAGAAAUUGUACCCCUUGGAGAACAUCACCCUGGCUCCUGAUCCCCAGGUCCCCGAUGGCCUACCUCCUGUAGCCUACAACCCAUGGAUGGACAUCAGGCAGCGGGAAGACGUCCAAGCCUUAAACAUCAGUAUACCCUAUGGCCCAAUUCCUGUGGACUUUCAGCGGAAAAUUCGCCAGAGCUAUUUUGCCUCUGUUUCCUAUUUGGAUACACAGGUUGGCCACCUUUUGAGUACUUUGGAUGAUCUUCAGCUGGCCAACAAUACGAUCAUUGUGUUUACCUCUGAUCAUGGGUGGGCCCUUGGUGAACAUGGAGAAUGGGCCAAAUACAGCAAUUUUGACGUCACUACUCGUGUGCCCCUGAUGUUCUACGUUCCUGGAAGGACAGCUUUGCUACCAAAGGCAGGAGAGAAGUUUUUCCCUUACCUUGAUCCUUUUGAUUCCACCACAGAACUGAUGGAGCCAGGCAGGCAAACCAUGGACCUUGUGGAACUUGUGUCUCUCUUCCCCACGCUGGCUGCACUUGCAGGACUACAGGUUCCGCCUCAUUGCCCUGUUCCUUCAUUUCAUGUUGAGCUAUGUAGAGAAGGCCAGAACCUUCUGAAGCAUUUUCGAUUCCAUGAUGUAGAAAAUGAUCCAUAUCUCCGCAGUAACCCCCGUGAGUUGAUUGCUUAUAGUCAGUACCCCCGGCCUGCAGAUUCCCCUCAGUGGAAUUCUGACAAGCCAAGUUUAAAAGAUAUAAAGAUCAUGGGCUACUCCAUACGUACCAUAGACUAUAGGUAUACUAUAUGGGUUGGCUUCAAUCCUGAUGAAUUUAUGGCUAAUUUUUCUGAUAUCCAUGCAGGGGAACUGUAUUUUGUGGAUUCUGAUCCAUUAGAGGAUCACAAUAUAUAUAAUGACUCCCAACAUGGAGAAUUUGCUCAAUCAUUGAUGCCUUGAGUUUUGCCACAAUGGAGGGCAAAUGUGACAUGCUCCUCUUGAGCUGGUGAGAGGAGGCAUUAGAGGUUGUUAUUUUGUCAUUACCCAUAAUAUUGGAAGGAACCAGAGUAUGAGGUAAUCAAAACAUGCAUCAACCAUUUGGCCCAAGAGGAUGUGACAGCCAGUCCUUUUCAUUUAGUCUUUAUUAAUUUGUAAUUGUUAAUUAGGUUGGGGCUGGGCUGAGCCUUUUUCUCUUGUUUAAAAAGUCCAUAGUGUAGUCAUUUAAUAAGUACAAAAUGAACAAACCAAAAUUAUGUCAUACUUUUUUAUACCAAGGCCAUACUAACCAAAUAGUAACAUAUAUAUAAUCAAGAAAUAAUUAUUUGUGGAAUUUAGUACAUUUCAAAAAGCAACCAUAUAUCAAAUUAAGUUCUACUCUAAAUUCUUGAUUUUUAUACUUUAAUAACAUAUCUUAGGUUUACCAGUAUAUUAAAAAUAUAUUUAUUUUAAUAUACAAUUCACAUUUCUUUCUCAAUUAUAAAGUUAAAUACUAAUUCUAGAAGCCAGUACCUUAAAGUCUAUUUUCAAUUUUCUAAGACCACAAGGUUUCAAAUUCCAAAGAUAAAAUAUGCAUCAAGUUAUUAAUGUGUUAUUUUUAAAUCAAAUAAAAAACAAUGCUUAGUAGAUUAGAGAUGUGAAAUUCAUGGGAAAUUAAGUUAAAACUUUUGAGAUGUUUUCUCGAUCCAAUAAUAAUUUGUUAGCAAAUAAGAUGACCUUUAAACUUAGUGACCAUCUAUUAGAAGUCUGUUAUUUACAGUGAAAAUAUUUAAAGUUAUAACUACAUCCAUGGUUUGACUCGGACUCAUUUAAAUGUUCUUAUUUAGGUAUAAUUGAUUACAGAUGUCCAUUUAUGUAGGUGGCAGGAAACAUUCUAUAUUUAAUAACUUAUUAAAGGAAACAGCAGUUUUCUUAAAUUUGUUAAAUUUUGUUAAAUUCUGAGUUAUUUUGAGGAUUAUAAAAACUUUUCAUUAGUAUAUAGUAAGUAAUUUUCAACUCCCCCCAGAAUAUAGUUCCAUAUUUCCUAAAUAAGAAAAUAACCAGAAAGGCAAGUAAUAGUUAAGCUUAGUCCAUAUUAUCUUGAAUAGAAUAUUUACAAGUUGUACUUAUAACAUUAUGAGGCUGUUCAAAUAUCAGAAGUCAUCAAAACAACAUCUUUCUCAGUAAAUAUCUAAAAUAGUCUGUCUUGUAUCAAAAUGAGUAAUUUUAGUAAUUUUCUCUUUACAAAUGGCUCACUCAGUGUUUCAAGGUAAAUGUGAAAUAAAAUAUAGCAAAUUAGAUUAAGUUACUGUGGUGCAUUGAAUUGUGACCAAAAUGACAAGAUAUUAUAUUAAAAUUAUUGAAAUUUUAAAGGCAUUUUUAACUAAUUAGCUUAUGAUAGAAAUGUAUAUAACAUAGUGAUCUUCUACGCAGUUGAGUGACUUAGGCAACAAUUUUUAUUUAAGGAGUAAAGGGUCCUAUUUAUCUCUCCCAAUUCCAGAAUUUCACUCUCCUUUGGAAGCUUCAGCUUUUGUAGAUGGUUUUCCUCAGCUUUUUCUUUCUCAUUAUUUGUCUUUUUUAUUGCUCUCUUCGUGUGUACUAACUUUUAUGAUAUAGUCUAGAAAUCCUCUUGACAUAUUUGCAGUGUAUUUAGCUCUAUCUCCUACUUUACAGUUAUCAUGAUAAGUUUUAAUUUAGGUUCUCAUUUCAUAUCCAUCUGUAGCUCCUGGUUGGCUACAAUAUGUAUGCUUCAUUUUUUCUUACUGAUUUUCCUGAAGCACAGUUUUAGUAUAAAAAAUCUCCAAAUUCUCCUCUUGAUGAGUCCUAAGCUGAACUGUGCUGUCCACUUGGUAGCCACUAGGCAUAUGUGGCUAUUUAAAUAUAAUUUAAUUUAAAUGAAAAAAAAAGUUAAAAAGAAGAUUCCCAGCCAUACCAUAUUUCAAGUGCUUGCUAAACACAGAUCUAGAGCAUUUCCAUCAUGGCUGAAGGUUCAGUUGAACAGAGCUGUCCUGGAUUAUCUCUAGAUUUGAGCUGGAUUGCUGGCUGUUGGUGAGUUACUCCUGCGAGAAAUUUCUUUAUCCUAAACUUUCCCACAAAAACUUGUCAGGAGGUGAGCAAAGUAUGUUUGGUUUAGGCGUAGAGUAAGUAGUGAGUUCACAGUGGUCUCUUCCUCUCCACUUCCAUCACCAUUGCCUCAGUCCUUCUCCCCUCUUUCCCAAGUAGUUUACCUCCCCUCCUCUUUCCUCCCCUUUUCCUAAAGGAAUCCAUGUGUCUUCCUAAAAUCCCUCUUGCCCCUGCCCUUUGAGAACACCGUCAGUGCCUACUAUGGGUCUAGACAGACCUCCGCUGAGCAGUCAGAGUCUUCCCUGGCUCCACGAUGCCCCUGCCCUUGGCUGACUUUCCCUUGCCAGUCCCUGCCUCCCCCUCCUAGCUGUGGCCCGUCCUCUCUUCACCUACCCACUCAUAGCCAUUUUUCACAGCCUGGCUCCUGUGCCCCUACCAAGAGGCUGAAGCUUUUGUGGAUCUCUAGUGUGUUUUGGGAUGAAAUGAACACCCCUGAAAGGUCUUCUGUUCACCUUACUUUAAAAAGUGUGUUUUUUUCUAAUUACAAAUUGAUGUGUUAAUUAUAAAAAAAAAUCAGAAAACAGAAAUGUAGUAAAAGGUGAAAAAAAGUAUGUUUUAUCUUAAAUAAUCACUUAAUAUCUUGUCUUUUUGGGGUGUGAAUUUUUCACAUUGCUGUGAGUACACUAUGUUCUUAAUCAUGAAAUUUAUGUUCUUACUUUUCCACUAACUAGUAUGUGUGGUUAUUACAGAUUUUUGAAAGAUACUUUGUAUUGCUGGUAAUAUAUUUUAUUGUGUAGUUUUAUUGUAAUUUAAUCUUCUUUCAAUUGUUGGAAACCUAGGUUAUAUACAGAUUUUCAGUAUUAUAAAUAAUGCUGUGAUGAUCAACUUAGUGAAUAAAGAAUUUCUAUGUAUUUCAAAUUAUUCCCUUAGGAGAGUCUCUCAGUGCCAAAUUGUCAAAAAACAAACCCAUGUUCUCCUUUCCUAACUCUUUUGCUACCUUAGGGUACUAAAGUUAAAAAUAGAGUCAGCAAGCAUGCAAAUAAAAAACAUACAGCAAAAAAGCACUAUUACAAUAAUAGGUGAAAGUGAAAGUGAUAUCCUGUUUUUUAAUUCUUUAUUGGUGACACCUUUAUCAUUGUUCACUCUGUAUGAUUGUUCGACACUUGGCAUUUGCUGCUAUAUGAAUUUUCCUUUCAAUUUUAUUUAUCAAUUUUACUUU